CUCCCGCUCCUCCUCCUCCGAUCCCGCCCGUUCCGGAGCACCAUGCCGCUGGAUCACCGCCGCCUCUGCGGCCCGGAGGAUUCGCAGCCGCCGGAGGUGUGGGCAGGAGCCGGGGGGUUCCCGGCAGAGAAGGAGGAGAACGAAGAGGCGUCGGGGCCGCGGGACCCCUGCGCCCUGCGGCCGCUGUUCGUGCGGGCCGGGCUGCUGAGCCAGGCGGAGGGCUCGGCUUACGUGGAGCUGAGCGGCGGCACCAAGGUGCUGUGCGCCGCCUGGGGCCCGCGGGAAGCGGCCGAACCCGCCGCGGGAGCCGGGCAGCUGCUGUGCCAGUUCCGCCGGGCACCUUUCGCCGGGCGCGGGGCUCGGGUGCGGCCGGGGUCGGCGGCGGAGAGGGAGGCGGAGCGGGAGGCGGCGGCGGCGCUGAGGGAAGCGCUGGAACCCGCGGUGCGGCUGGCGCGGUACCCGCGGGCUCGCCUGGCGGUCAGCGCGCUGCUGCUGCAAGAUGGCGGCUCGGCCCUGGCCGCUGCUCUCAGCGCCGCGGGCUUGGCCCUGGCGGACGCCGGGGUGGAGAUGUACGACCUGCCGGUGGGCUGCGGGCUGUGCCGGGGGCCCGGGCCCGCUGCCCCCUGGGUGCUGCAGCCCGGCGAGCCCGAGGAACGGGAGGCCUCGGCGCGGCUGACCGUGGCGCUGCUGCCCGCCCUUAACCAGGUGUCGGCGGUGCUGGGCGGCGGGCAGGGCGGCUCUCCCGAUGCUUGGGCACAGGCGCUGAGCCUCGGCCUCGACGGCUGCCACCGCCUCUACCCGGUGCUGCGGCAGAGCCUGCUGCGGGCUGCCCGCCGCCGACACGCAGCUGCUGCUGGUACUGGUGGUACCACUGCUGCUGGUGCUGGUACCGCUGCUGCUGGUACCGCCUGAGCCCUGCCCUGGGGGCCGUGUCUGCGGUUGGGCUCUGGGAGCCCGUCCGAGCUGCCCUCGGUGUCGGCAGCGAUGGCCGGAGCCGGCCUGAUCCACACCUGGUGCUGCUGGAGAAUCCCCGGAGCCCGGCCCGAGCCGGUCCUUGCGAUGCCGGAGACCCCCCAGGAGCUGCCGGCGGUUUGGAAGCUCCAGAAAGCUGCCUGAGGACACCGGAUCCUGAUGGAAACUGCACCCACCCUGCCCGACCACCCCCAGAACUCUGCCUUGAGAAGCCACCGUCUUGCAGGACAUCUCUCUGAGCAGCCCCUCCAGACAGCCUCGGAACUCUGCCUGCACCAGCCCCGUGGUGCCAGACCCCCUGCCUGUGAUUUCCCUCCUUCCAAGCAGCCUCCUGCACCCCAGCACCCCCCCCCCCCCCCCCCCCCCCCAUCCCACCCAGGGCUGGCUCUGGCACCAGGGAUUAAAACCCUCAUCCUGAGCUGCCCACUGUGACCAUCCCUACAGCACAGGGCAGGAACCA